AUGCACAUCUACCGGGACUUAAGCCCAUAUGUCUGUACAUUUGAGCACUGUCAAAAUGCGGAUCAGCAGUAUGACAGUCUACAUGACUGGAUUGAACAUGAGGUGGCAAGCCAUUCCAAUGCAGAUGAAAGAACAACAUACAUUCGAGCAUACAAUGAUACAUUGAGCAAAGCGCCAGCCAAAGCUACGGGGAGAAUCUGUCCAUUUUGCUGCAUUGGAAGUGCGUCUCCCACUCACAUUGCAUGGCAUCUACGACGCGUUGCAAGCUUUGCUCUCCCAAGAUUAGCGGAAUCUGAGUCUCGCGAUGAGAGUGAUAGUCGGAAUUCUGCCGCUGCUGAUUUUGACUCUGAUGAUACUUAUUCUGAUGGCUCCAUAGAGCUAUUAGAGGAAGACACCCCUCUAAGAAGGUAUUCUAGCAAGACCUCACAGGACUCCGAAGAAGAAAGAUACAGGGAGGAUUAUUCUUCAUCUAGCGAGGGCUCGAAUCAACCAGAUUUACACAAACACAGAGACAUGGCCAAUGAACAAAGCAAGAAGACUUCCGGGAGCCCAGACAGCAAUCAAGCUGUUCAUGGGGCCUCACAGACGAGCGGGCGCUCACAUCGCGCUAAUUCGGGCUUGUCAUCACCACGAUCUAACUCGCCGCAACCGAGCAUCAUUCAACGUCGUUUUUCCAAUUCCGAUGCCGAAGAGGACAACAUGACGCUUAAAUUGAAUGGAUUGAGCAUUGGAUUUACUUCAGAGGCAGUCGAGGGGGAGAGUAUUGGAAUUGGUCCCGGCGGCGGCGUUCGCCUCAACAUCACCAGCGGAAAAAGGCCACGUCCCAAUUCGCGCGAGCCACGUGUCUCACGCGAGAAUUCUCCCUUUAGCCGUGAUAAUGAACAGGUUAUAGGCCAUGAUAUGCCGGAGGGCAGCGAUAUCCAAUUGGGUAUGGGGAGAUUGCAAAAGGAAAUUGACCCGGCUCGCGAGCAGUUUGAACGUGGGCGGAAAGAAUUUGUCGAGGAUCGACCUGAUUCACGUAUCUCGUGGGGAAAUAGGGAGGAGGCGGAGCUUGAUGAAGAGAAGAUUGCUGCGGGACUGCACAAAUUGCAGCAUUUUGAGCGUAAGGAUCAGUCUGAGGAAGAGCAGCGUAACGCCGAGGAGCGGUAUCAACGCAAGAAGCUUGCAGAUAAAAGAGCUGCUGCUGAAGAAGAGGAAAAAAGAGCUGGGCAUAAUCCUCGGGAGGAGAGACUGGAGGACACCACACGCAAGCAUGAUGAAGAGAGCCAGAGAGCGAAGUUCAUGCGAGAGGAGAAGUGGAAAGAACUUGCCCGAAUUCAAGAGGAAGAGGAGGAGCGAGAGAAGCUUAUCCAGGAGAUUCGGGAUGAAGAUAUGCGGAAGGCAAGGGAGGCCGAGGAGAAAAGGAGGAAGGAAAUGGCUAUGAGGGCUGCUGCUGUUGAGGAGUGGAAGCAAGAGCAAGAGCGAAUGAAGCAGAGAAUGACAGAAGAAGCGAUGCGGAAGGCAACGGAGUUCCGCGUACGUCUCCGCAGCAUUGGUUAUACAGAGGAAGAGAUUGAUGCUAUCAUCAACAAAGAAACUGAGGAAAGAACGAGGGAAGAGAAGAAGCAAGCGAAGCACACCCAGGAGACUCUAGACGAGGCUAUGCAGAAGGCGUGGGAAAUAGGGAAGAAGGAGCAGACCGCCACGGAAGCUGCUUCUGCUGAGAAUGGCCAGACAUCACCGGAACGAAACACCCUUGGACUGCCACACGGAGGAGAUUCCAUUCAGAAUGUGUGGUGGUGCUGUUGUCAAUGCAAUUCCCUCGCAAACCCAAAGCUUGCAGAGAAACAAUGCCCCAUAUGCGCCCACCAUCAUUGUUCGGCCUGUAAAAGCGAGCUUGUACCCCCUUAG